UCUCUCUCUCUCUCUCUCUCUCUCUCUCUCUAACAACUUUAUUAACUUCUUCAUUUCGGUGGGUUUGCAUGAAUGAAGAGACUCACAAAGCCGGCCUCACUAUGAUUCGCUUACGCCGGCGCUUCCAGAACCAACUUCAAUUUCAACCACAUCUCCUCCUCUCUCAAUCCUUUUAACAAACACGUACAAAACAAAGCAAAGCUCUCGAAAUGAAGAUGCUUUUUCCACUCUCAUCAUUUUCUCUCACCAUUUUCCCACUGCCAUUGCUCUCUCUCUGAAUUCACGUCCCAAACACCGAACCCACCACGCCACCCAAACAAAGCCCAAAUCUUUACACAAAAGCAAUGCUAGAUCUCAACCUCAGCUUCGUCUGCAACGACGUCGUCUCCAGCUCCGACAACAACCUUCUUCACCUUCCCACUACCACCUCCCCAAUCCAGAGCUCAGCCAGCUUCAACUCCUCCUCCAACCUCACUGCCACCGGCGACGACGAAGACCUCAACUUCCUCUCCCCAAACGACGUCGCUGCAGACGACAACGCUCACUGUGAUGCUCGGACCAUCCAGCUCUUCCCGCUCGCGCAAUCCGUACGCUCUUCUUCUUCGUCGUCAUCGUCUUCGAGAAAGCAGUGGCUGGGACUAUCGUCCAAUUCCGGAUUGGAGGUGGAGCCGAGCUACUAUGCUCCUGCGGAGCAGAUCGUGCCCCUGCAGCAUAAAGUGAAGAAGAGCCGGAGAGGACCCAGGUCUCGGAGCUCUCAGUAUCGGGGCGUUACGUUCUAUCGGAGAACCGGGAGAUGGGAAUCUCAUAUUUGGGAUUGCGGGAAACAGGUGUACUUGGGAGGAUUUGACACUGCCCAUGCUGCAGCUAGGGCAUAUGAUCGAGCUGCGAUCAAGUUCCGUGGAACUGAAGCUGAUAUUAAUUUCAAUGUUAGUGAUUAUGAAGACGAUAUUAAGCAGAUGAGCAAUUUUACAAAGGAAGAGUUUGUGCAUAUCCUGCGUCGCCAGAGCACCGGAUUCUCUAGAGGAAGCUCAAAAUACAGGGGAGUCACGUUGCACAAAUGUGGCCGCUGGGAAGCUCGAAUGGGCCAGUUUCUGGGCAAGAAGUAUAUAUACCUGGGCCUAUUUGAUAGCGAGAUUGAAGCUGCAAGGGCAUAUGACAAGGCUGCCAUCAAAUGCAAUGGAAGAGAAGCAGUCACCAACUUUGAGCCAAACUCAUAUGAUGGUCAGAUAAUGUCUGAGGCCCACAAUGGAGGCAGUGACAAAAGUCUUGAUCUGAACUUGGGAAUUGCUCCCCCUUUGGUUUCUGAGCUCCAAAAGAACAACAGCAAUUUGAGCAGCUUCCCUGUUCAGCUAGGCUGCGAUGAUAUUCCUAUUCACAUGAGAACAAGGAAUGAGAACUGUGCUCCAGCACCUAUGAGGGCUCAACUGUCUCAUGGCUCAAUGGUGGCGUCUGAGGAGCCUCCUAUAAUGAGCAACAUAAAUUCCAGUUUCUUUCCCAUCCAAAUGGAAAGAGCAACGGAAAAGAGAAUGGAUGUUAACUCCUUUCCAAAUUGGGCAUGGCAACUCCAAGGCCUUAAUGGUGGAGCAACUCCAAUGCCACUCUUCUCUGCUGCAGCAUCAUCAGGAUUCCCUUCUUCAACAGCCACUUCACCACCAGCUGCUGUCACUCAACUUCAUUUUCCUAACACAACUAUUCUCCACCACCAUUUUUCACCAUCGACAGUCACCAACAACAUACCCGGUUUCUAUUGCAGAAGCUGAAAACCAGAACCAGAUAGGAUAUAAAGCACGACACAUUAGUAUUUUAGUGUUUUUAGUGUAGAAUGUAGUCACGGGACGAGUAGAAAAAGAUUGGUAAUGAAAUUUGUUUUGCUAUGAUCAUGUAAAGCUUAUGAAACUUGAGGAUCUUGGUCUAGAGGCAUGGAAAAAUUAGUUUUGCCUUCUUCUGACUUGUGGUCACAUUCUUUUGCAUGCCUCCUUCCUUUGAGGGGUGCUGAAAAGCAGGUGGACCAAA